GUACAUGUGACAGCGCUGCAGCUAUGAGUGUAAUUUUAAAGGGGAAGUUGGAAGAAAUUGACGGCUCUUCACCCUGCUGCUCUGUGCAGGAAUCAGAUGAUGAAGUUUUUAGCUGUGACGGUGCUGACAGUGUUGAUAGUGUCAAUCUGUCCACUUGUAAUCUUUUCACUGGAAAAAAUAAGGAGAUAUCAACCGACUGAAAUGAUGUUUUCAGAAGCAUAGAGUCUUCAGGAAGAUACUGGAGUUCAUGAGAUCUCAAGGUACAUGUGACAGCGCUGCAGCUAUGAGUGGAAUUUUAAAGAGGAAGUUUGAAGAAGUUGACGGCUCUUCACCCUGCUCCUCUGUGCGGGAAUCAGAUGAUGAAGUUUCCAGCAGCGAGAGUGCUGACAGUGGGGACAGUGUCAAUCCAUCCACUUCUAAUCAUUUUCCCCCUUCCUCCAUCCUCAAAAGGGAGAAGCGACUAAGGACAAAGAAUGUGCAUUUUAGCUGUGUCACCGUGUACUACUUCACCAGGAGGCAAGGCUUCACGAGCGUGCCCAGUCAAGGGGGUAGCACCCUGGGCAUGUCCAGCCGCCAUAACAGUGUGCGCCAGUACACUCUUGGUGAAUUUGCAAGAGAACAGGAGAGGCUCCACCGGGAGAUGUUGAGAGAACACCUCAGGGAGGAAAAACUGAACUCUUUAAAACUAAAGAUGACCAAGAAUGGCACAGUGGAAUCUGAAGAAGCUAGCACUCUUACAGUGGAUGACAUUUCUGAUGAUGAUAUUGAUUUAGACAACACGGAGGUAGAUGAGUACUUCUUUCUACAACCCCUGCCAACAAAAAAACGGAGAGCACUGCUGCGGGCCUCUGGGGUGAAAAAGAUUGAUGUGGAAGAAAAGCAUGAGCUGCGCGCCAUCCGUCUAUCGAGGGAGGACUGUGGCUGUGACUGCCGAGUGUUCUGUGAUCCAGAAACGUGUACCUGCAGCCUGGCAGGCAUUAAGUGCCAGGUGGAUCGAAUGUCUUUCCCAUGUGGCUGCACUAAAGAAGGAUGUAGUAACACAGCAGGUAGAAUUGAAUUUAAUCCUAUCCGUGUCCGGACUCACUUUUUGCACACAAUAAUGAAACUUGAACUGGAGAAAAACCGAGAGCAGCAAAUCCCCGCGCUGAACGGCUGCCACGGUGAGAUAAGCGCUCCCAGUAGCUCCAUGGGCCCCGUGGCGCACUCCGUAGAGUAUUCCAUCGCGGACAACUUUGAGAUUGAAACCGAGCCCCAGGCCGCAGUGCUGCACCUGCAGUCGGCCGAGGAACUAGACUGCCAGGGAGAGGAGGAGGAGGAGGAGGAGGACGGCAGCAGCUUCUGCAGCGGCGUCACCGACUCCAGCACACAGAGCUUGGCCCCCAGCGAGUCAGACGAGGAGGAGGAGGAGGAGGAAGAGGAGGAGGAGGACGACGACGACGACGACGAUGACGACGAGAAGGGGGACAGCUUCGUGGAAGGCUUGGGGACCCAUGCGGAAGUCGUGCCUCUUCCUUCCGUCCUCUGCUAUUCCGACGGCACGGCGGUUCACGAGAGCCACACAAAAAACGCUUCUUUUUAUGCCAACUCGUCGACCCUGUAUUACCAAAUAGACAGCCACAUUCCAGGAACUCCUAACCAGAUCUCCGACAGCUAUGCCGAAAGAGAUCCUGUUAAGAACGGUACCCUGUCGCUGGUGCCUUACACCAUGACCCCGGAGCAAUUUGUGGACUAUGCCCGGCAAGCAGAAGAGGCCUACGGCCCCUCCCACUACCCCGCCACCAACCCCUCGGUCAUCGUGUGCUGCUCCUCUGCGGAGAGUGACGGCGGCGUGCCCUGCAGUAGCUUGUAUCCCGAGCACAGGUCCAGUCAUCCGCAGGUGGAAUUUCACUCGUACUUGAAAGGCCCCUCCCAGGAAGGGUUUGUCUCUACACUGAAUGGUGACAGUCACAUUGCCGAGCACCCCGCUGAAAGUUCUUUGAGCCUGGCAGAGAAAAGCAGAUUGCACGAAGAGUGCAUCAAAUCACCCGUGGUGGAGACCGUCCCUGUUUAGUAGCGUAAAUUAUUCUAGGACCAACUCUUCUCUUAUUUAAAAGCACUGUAUUUAAUUGGAUUUCCUGGGCCCAUGGUUGUUUAAACUGAGGACCAAGAAAACCCGGACUGUGGUGAAUCUUCCAGACUGUAUUUUAUUUUCUCCUUUCAGGCCACACGACUGUGGCGUUGCACAAAUACAGUCUCUGUGAGGAUUUUAAAAGAUUUCAGACUGUUUUGAUAGAAAAUGCUAAUUAAAAAAAAAAAAAAAAAAGCAUAUCUCACAGUUGCCUACCUGUCAAACUGUGUGAAACCUGCCAAGCUGUGUAGAUCAGAGCUUCAAGUUCUGGAUUAUCGGGCCUGUGCAAGAUUGUUGACUAAGACUGGGAAAUAAUAAGAUUUAGAGUCCUAAUUUUCGAUAAAUCUGAAGAUGACGGUGACUUUUUAAUGUAAAAGUAAUUACUGUAAGAAAAAGAGUUAAUCGUUCCAUGUGUAUUUUAUUUAUGGUAGUUAGGAGUCAUGUUUUGAUGAAAAUGAACAGCAGCAUGUUCUUUUAAGCUGAAGAUGCAUAGUUAGCACCACUGAGCAUGCCCACAUGGAUUGCAUCUGGAAUCCAUUCACGUUUUUAUGAUCAUGACUGAUCAGAUUUGCAAAUACUUUCUUAAGGGUGAAAUAGGCCUAUUUUUGCUAUUUUGGACAAAUAAAUGAGUCUAUAUGUGCAGGUCCUUACACAGUUUUCUCUAAAGUUAAGAGUUAGGACAAUCCUCUGGUGAGGGUCUAGUUCACUGCCCUCCCUCAGUUGACUCCAGAGAUGGAGGUGGAAGGAAUUGCCUUUCUUUUUAAAACAGCAUCAUCUUGGUUCUUAGCUUGGACACAGCACCUUUAAACUCUACUCCCCUACAUCAAAAUGCACUUUAGUGCCCCUUCAUGGUACCUUGUGAGGGGUGGGGACUGAGAACUCUUUGAGAUGAAAAAUUUAGAA